GAACGCGUUCGUCCUUCUGAACUGCAUCAACAUCUUCAACACCCAGCAGUCGCACAGGUUGAACGCUUUCGUAACAAUCCGGUUACCUGGUCUUUUCUUGCUCCUGUCUCCCCGACGGAAUCUAUUCACACCGGAAUCUCCGAGCCUCCAGAUCCUAGUCUUGAUUCAGGUAUUACCUCUGAUCGGCUGUCACGAGCCCAACGCACAAUUGACAGACUCGAAGCGACACUCAACCAACGUGGCGCUCGCGAGUCCCGUCUCCGUGAAUCAAUUAUACAAUUGCGUCCACUUCUUAUCAACGCUGUGGCUGCCUGUCCCGAACAUUGGCUCACUUCAGCCGAAUUCAAACCCGUGUCUAUGACUGAUUUAACAGCUUCAUCUCUAACCGAACCUAGUUCAACGGCAGUCGUCACACUUGAAUCCAUUAACAGCCAGCGAACCUAUAAGGCGAGUAGUAUAAAGGAUACGCCAGCAUCCUCGCACGUCAAGGCUGAGCCAACCAUCCUUCCUCAUGCAUUUGAGUCCACUGAACUUCUGAAACUGGAUGAUCCGAAGUUUGAGGAUGAAUCAAGUACGGAAAAGAAUCUUAAGAUCUCUUCUGAAUUAUCCAUUAUACCCAAGGAGGAGUUAGUAAGUCGCAACUACAAAAACCAACGUUUAGUGCGUUCAUAA